AUGGCUGCCAGCCUCACCGGCCAGAAAGGCCUCCUCACCCAGCUCCCUCUCCGCCAGGAGAUUUCCGUUCUCAACAUGGGCCUCCGGAUGAUACCUGAAGCCUCUCAACGUUAUUCGGACCUGUGGAAGCAGCUUACUGAGCACCGCCCACCCACUGAGCACCUUGGGCUGGUCAUGGCUAUUAUCACUUUGGCCAAGCUACACUCCACCUUUGCCAACAAUCGAGCCGCAUCCUGCCUUGUCAGUACAUUCAUCCAGGACAAGCACAUUCCUGCUCUUCGUGCUGUGCUUCCCCAGCUGCCUGGGGAACUUGCAGCUGUCAUGCCUGAUCUGCUCAGCAAACCCACCAAUUCCAUUCUUAUGUUGCCAGCCCUUCCGAACGAAUUCAAUGAGAUCUUCUCCCUGUCGCCCGAUGAUGAGGCCGCUCUCCGCCGCCAGCUUCUCAGUCUGCAACCAAAGUUGAAGCAAGAAAUCUCCCUGUCAAAUGACGAGUUCGACAUUCUCUCCCACAAUCUGCCAAGUUUGCCCUCUGACAUCAGCGGCAAGGUUCCGCUCAAAGAAUAUGCUAGCGUGAACAAGGAAUACAAAGGUCUCUCUGGCCAGCUCCGGAUUGCUUGGGCGGUCACCUCAUAUCAGGAUUGGUUUGCGGUGUACAAUGCGAUCAGCUUCUUCGAAGGUCUUACCAGUUUCUCCGCUGCAAUUCAAGCGACCAAGCCUGGCCAGUUGCAAUCAGUGUACUGGAACUUUUACCAUCACUUUAUCCGCGUCGUUGCGGCCGGUCACGCUGUCAAAGUGCGAGAACCCCCUCAUUAG